AUGUCCGUCAGCAGCCACGAGAACCGCAAAUCCCGCUCGAGCUCCGGCUCCAUGAACAUCCACCUCUUCCACAAGCCGGGCCACGCCGACAGCCUCCUGACCCACCUCAACCUGCUCCGCAAGCGGCACCUCUUCACCGACGUGGUGCUGCGGGCCGGGAACCGGGCCUUCCACUGCCACCGGGCCGUCCUGGCCUCCUGCAGCCGCUACUUCGAGGCCAUGUUCAGCGGGGGGCUGAAGGAGAGCAGAGAUGCCGAAGUCAACUUCCACGAUUCCCUGCACCCCGAGGUGCUGGAGCUGCUGCUGGACUACGCCUACUCAGCCCGGGUGCUGAUUAACGAGGAGAACGCGGAGUCCCUGCUGGAGGCCGGGGACAUGUUGCAGUUCCAGGACAUCAGGGACGCUUCGGCCGAUUUUCUGGAGAAGAACCUUUAUCCUGGGAACUGCCUGAACAUGCUGCUGCUGUCGGAUGCCCACUGCUGCCAGCGGCUGCUGGAGCUGUCCUGGAGGAUGGCCUUGGCCAACUUCACCUCCCUCUGCAAGAGCGAAGAUUUCCUCCGACUGCCCAAGGACAAGCUGGUGGAGCUGGUGGAGAGCGAAGAGCUGGAGGUGGAGGACGAGACGCUGGUGUACGAGGCGGUGAUGGGCUGGAUCCGCUACGAUCUGCCCCGGCGCCACGAGGUUCUGCCCGAGCUGCUCCGCUCCGUCCGCCUGGCCCUGCUGCCCGAGCCCUACCUGCGGAAACACGUGGCCUGCGAGCAGCUGGGGACCCCACCUGGAAGUACCUGUCGGCCUGAGUCACCCUCUGCCGAGGAACCGUACGUGGUCGGGGGCUACUGCGGCGCCCAGCGCUGCAAGACCCUGGACUGUUACGACCCCUCGUCCGACACCUGGCGCAGCGUCACCACGGUGCCCUAUUCCCUCAUCCCCACUGCCUUCGUCAGCACCUGGAAGCAGCACCAGAGGCACUUGCCUGAAAUGUCUUUCCACGUGACGGUUCUUUCCCCAUGGGCUGGUUUUGUACCUUUUUUUUUUUUGGGCAGCCACAUCAUCGUCAUCGGGGGGGACACGGAGUUCUCUGCCAGCUCCGCUUACCGCUUCCACAGCGACACGUCCCAGUGGUCCAAGUUCGGGGACGUCACCGCCAAGCGCAUCAGCUGCCGCGCCGUGACGUCGGGCAACAGGCUGUACGUGGUCGGGGGCUACUGCGGCGCCCAGCGCUGCAAGACCCUGGACUGUUACGACCCCUCGUCCGACACCUGGCGCAGCGUCACCACGGUGCCCUAUUCCCUCAUCCCCACUGCCUUCGUCAGCACCUGGAAGUACCUGUCGGCCUGA